AUGACGAUGCUCGAGUGCGUGGGAAAGAUAUGCCGAUGGGAUCCUCUGACCAAGCAGGCUACCAAUCCACACUCAAUUUCAGCAUUCCAACCAUUGAUCGUUGGGCGGAAUCGAAAGACGUGCCAAUAUGUACUUCAUGAUGCAUGUGUUUCCAACCAGCACCUUCGGAUCUACACCGUGAUAUACGAUCUAGAAAACCCCUUAAAUAUUCCUCCCCUGGUGUAUGCCCAGGAUAUAUCUACAAAUGGAAGUUUCUGGAAUGGGCAACGUAUUGACAAAACGAACGGCGGUGCGGUCCUCCUUAGUGAUGGCGAUAUUAUCCGGCUUUCUUCCAAGAGUUUCCUCGAGUACAGAUCUGAGUACCAAUCCGAGAGGCCACUAGACAUUGUUCAACAGAAAGAAGCGAAGGAGUUUGCGAACGAGUAUCUGAUCACGGAUCGCCUGUUAGGCGAAGGCAGUUUCGGACAGGUUCGCAUGGCUGUUAAUCUCUGUACCACCAGCCAGGUUGCUUGUAAGGUUGUCAAUCUCCGUGCGGUUAAGGAAGCCGUUACAGGAAGGAAUGACCUCUCUGGUACAGACCUUUUAGAGCUUCAGAAGCGAGAGGUAUCUAUACUGGAGAAGCUAAGUCAUCCUAAUAUCAUUGGCGUCGAGAAAGUGUUUAUGAUGGAAAGUUCAUUAUACAUUUUCGAAGAUCUCAUCACUGCCGGAGACCUCUUCACGUUCGUUGAUUCGAAGAGUGGCAACAUAACGGAUUUCGACGCGGCUUCUAUCACACAGCAGAUCCUGAUUGCUGUAGACUAUUUGCACGACAACAACAUUGUCCACAGAGAUCUAAAACCAGAGAAUAUUCUCAUGACUUCGCAUGGAUUCCCACGCCGGGUUGUGCUGGCAGAUUUCGGGUGUGCACAAGUUGUCUCGUCAGGGAUUAAGCGGAUGUCGACAGUAGUCGGGACAUGGGACUAUACUGCUCCUGAGGUUUACAAAGAAGUAAGUACGUGUGGCUAUACAAAGUCGGUUGAUCUCUGGUCAGUCGGUUGCAUCACAGUCGUGUUACUGAUUGGCACACCUCCAUUUCCCUUCUCGGCCUCGGGAAAUGUUGAAUACAAUGAGCCAGGGGAUUUGAAUGAUGUGUUCAUGAACACCAAGUGGAACGAGGCGAGCACAAUGGCACAGAACUUUGUUCUUUCUCUACUAGUUCUAGAUGAGAGAAAGAGGUUGACAGCCAAGCAAGCCCUGCAACAUAACUGGUUCUCGGAUGCACAGUAUCAGUCAAGAUUGAAAGAGUGUUAUGAAGAAGCUAUUCGUGACUGGCGCCCUCGAAGUGCCAUUGUCCCUCCCGGGCAUAAGAGCCGUCUGCAGUCCGUUCACAAGUCUUCGAAAACUGCACCUACGUCGAGAUUGCAACAUUCUCAAAGAGAACUUACCAAUUCUCCUCCUGGAAGACGGAGUGUCAUCGAGUCAAGCAGAGAGGGUAAUGCUGGGAGAGCCAGUGCUUCUGGCUACAAGCAGUCACUGUAUGAGAGAGCCGUUCAUGAUAAACUAUGUGCAAGCCCAAAUUCGACAUCCAGUCAGAGUUUCCGCCGUUCCUUUAGCCCACAAGCAUGGAAAAUGACUUCUGAGUCCUCGUCUUUUACGCGAAGCUCCAACCGAAGGAAUUUCUACAUCGGUCGCUUGAGGGUGCCCAAAUCAGAUAUACUUCAAGCACGGGGACUAUCAAUGAACACUUCGGCAAAGCUAAACGACAAGAUUUACGGACCUACGGACAAUCUAGAGCCGGCUUUCAGAGGCUUAGCAGGGUCUAAGAGGAGUUUGGGUGAAGCACUCUCGCAAUCGCCAGAGAUAGGUGAGGUCUACGAAGAGUUCGAGAACGGAAUCACUGGCAAGGUACAACGGAUCCUAUACACGGAGAAAUGA